AAAGAAUAACACAAAAGACGUAAUAUUAUCGGUAAAUAUAAAUAAAAUGUUGAGAAUAAAUAUAACUCUAUCAUUGUAGUCAACAACUUGAUAUAGAGCAGCCAUGAUUGUCAUAAUUUUAGCAAUAUUCGCUGUUGUGAACGCCGAAGACAUCGUUAAAGUUUCUCUUGGAUCUGUGGGCGGAACAGUAGCUGACGGAAGUAAUUUGCCGGAGAAGUAUCAACCACUUCUUCCUAAUGAUGUGACAGCCACUGAUAGUGCCAGAAAAUGGUGGGAGAAUCUGGUCGCCAAUGCCGCGACAGGCACUGGUAACAUCCCAGUUUUAGACCCCUUCUUCAAAGAUGAGCUACCUCCCAUCAGCAUUGAUCAUUCGCUGAUAACUGGAGAACUUAAGCUGAAGAAUGUAAAUAUAACUGGAAUAAAGAAUAUAGACCUUGAAAAUUUAGAAGUUCGAGCGAAGAAUAACCGCCUGGAUGUCGUGGUCUCCGCGCCGGUUUUGACUGGAGAAGCUGACUAUGAAGCUGACAUUAACUUAGGAUUUCUACCAAUUACUUACACGGGACACGCAAACUUAUUACUAAAAGGCGUAAAAUUAACUGGAGCGGCCAACACCCUCCGAAAGCGGUACAAAGGUGCAGUAGUAUACCAGUUGGAUGGAAUUCAGGCAACGAUUCAUGUCGACGAUGUUGUGAUCGAUAUUGAAAAAACGUUAUGGGACACCGUGACCGGAGUUAUGUCCACCUCACAAAUAUUUGAAGAGGGCUCCAAGGCAGGUACCAGCGCCUUCAGGACACAAGCCAACAUCAUUCUUCGAGAGUACCCAGUUAAAUCUGUGCAGAAAUAUCUACGUGUGAUGAGCCGACAUUAAUAUUAAAAAUAUUUUAAACA